CAGAUUCGUUUACAUCCGAAAACAGAGCUUUGUUUCUAUGUAACUUCAUAUAACAUUAACAGAACAUUUAACGGAUUAGUCAGUGUUAGUAAAACAAAGGCGCAGCUCGUGAAGGUCGUUUGUUGUGAUCGUGUUAGCUUAGCUUAGCUUAGCAGGAUGAGCAAGAGCCGCGCUGGAGGCAGAAAUUCAGAUGGAGCGAGUCCCUCGAGAAGGAGAUCCGGCAGGUUAUGCGCGAGAGAGCAGUCUCCCGCAGCUGAGGCUCCACCGGCGGCUGUGAAGCGCUCGAUCACUGUCAGGAAAAUUGCACCCAGGAAAACCCAGGCGCUGUGUGACAGUAACAAGGAGAAUCUGGACGGAUCGUCUGAAGUCGUGACGUCGUCUCCAGCUGUAGCAGCAGUCCUCUCGGCCAUCCGGCCUCUGUCUCCGUCUGCUCUGCCCAAAGAGCCGGAGCAGGACCCCGUGUGGCCCCAGAAAGUGCGGCGCUCCUACAGUCGCCUGAGUGCGGGGGACCGGUCCCUCGAAAGCCCCAGAUCCCAUCCUGCACCUUCCACUUCUCCCAACACCCGAGAGACGCUGUUUGGUUUCGAGAGGCUCUGGACGCCGGAGGUGAUGCGUGCAGCGGAGAGAUCUGGACUGGCUCCUCUGGGCUCCCUCUUCAACAUCUCCGCUGCUGAUGACAGCGCGUCCAACCCUCCAGAGAUCGACCCCAACAUCCCCGGCGUGUGUCUGGGGAAGAAGACGGCCAGGAGGAGGCGCGUGCAGCAGAUAACGAAGUCGGAGCUGGACGUUCUUGCUGCGGAGAUGAAUGCAGAGUUUGAGGAAGCGGAAAGUUUUGAACUGUUUGUUGAAUAAAGAGCCACACGCUCUGGACGUUUUCAGCACACGUCAUACUUCUCAGCUUACUGCUUGGUUAUUAUCCAUCACGUUUACUGCCCUUAAACCUAAACCUUACUUGACUGGAAGCUUGUUUCUAGAGUUUGGUUGUUCUGAUAUAAUUUGAUUUUCACAACACUACAAUCAUCAAUAAUUCUCAGAGAUUUCACUGAUGAAAAAACCUGGUGGUCUUUCUGUGUGUGUUUUUUUUUUUUCUUCCGUCUUCCGUAUUUGAUUUAUCAGUUUGGUUAAAAUCAUUUACCCCAAAUCUCACGGCAGAUCUUUUGUGUUUACUACACAACUGUAGUGUCCUAAUGUCUGAGGAAACAGUGUUUUAAAGCAGUAGCCUGUCAGAGCUGAAAGUGUGCAUGCUGUUGUAAAAACGUUUCAAGUAUAUCACAGACAAGUCAGUCGUACUACAUUUACAUUCAUACGCUCUGUCUGGCUUAAUUACAUACUGUUUAAAAAGAGACUGAUUCUGGACUUUUUGAUUUCUCAGUUAGUUGCGCUGUAGAUGUUUAGAUGUGUUUAUAUCAGUGGUUGUCACUGUCCUCAGCACUAGCGCGAGCGCUUGAUCUUCAGUGUUCAGGUGUUGUUCCAGAGCGUGUGUGGUGUGGUCCGCUCUCAACACCGUCACCAGCCUGAAAUAAGAUCUGUAGACGUGACACGGUUAAACCCACCUCGCUGACUUCCCUUUUUAUAUAUAAAUGUAGCCUUAUUUAACAUCGUCUUCUUUGUCCAGUCCUUUAUGUAAUGAGAAGUAACCAUUUUUUUUUAUUUUUUCAUUAAAUUGAAGCGCUUCCUAAUUUCCUGUUUUGUUUUCCAGAAUGUAAAUUAACCCUGUAAAGCCUGAGGUAAUUGUAAAAAAAAGAAAAAUUACAAAAUAUACAAAAGAUACAGUUUUUUUUUUAAACAAAUGCAACCGUUUAUUGAGACUAGACAAAAUGCAAAGCAAAAGAAAAGAAUUGCAUGUUUUUUUUUUUUGUUUUUUUUUUAAUCAGUCAUGGAUGUAUAUAAAUAUGCAACAUAAAAGUUAUUUUUACAUCUGCUUAAUAAAAAUCAGUAAAGUAACCACAGGCAUUUUAACAAUUAUAACUUUACCAUAUCCGUUUCCUUUCUAAAUGAAUGCAGCAGAUGACGGAGACGUGCUGUAGAUUGUGUGCAACAGGGUUUUCAGCAAAGGUGUGCUGAUUUGGAGGGAGGCAGUGCGUUGACACACGGUCAUGUCCCGUCUGAGUCUGCUGUUGUAUAAUGAGAGGAAAGUCCCUGCGUGGCUUUCACUCGGGCUCAGCUGGGGUCAGCUCUGCGUCUCUCUGGUCUCUUUCUGAAGGUUAAAUGUCGUUGUGGUUUGACAUUGAUUAUAGCUGGGUCUCUGAGCACUGUUACAUAACUGAUCAUUGAUUGUUUCUAGCAUGGAAUGGAACGAACUAAAUAAUACAUACCCACAAACCCCGGAGAUCCCGUUUCUGCCCCGAAGCAGGUGUUGCUGCUUCUCAUGUAAAAAAGGUACAAGUGGCUCUUAUGAAUAUGAUCACAACUACCUCACAGUCGAAUAUUUAGAAUAAAACACAACCUCAAGUGCCUUAGUUGAGCAAAAGAUUCGAAGCUGUGCUGUUUUGGAAUACAGUCCCAAAAUAAA